AAAAAAACAUAUGUUUUUUUCCGAUAGUCUGUGACUGGCAAAUUUGGCGUAUUGCUCAAACUUCAUUUUGAAAAACGUGCGGAAAAGUUUAUAAAAUAUUUAAGCUAUUUAAAAUUUAAACUAUGGCAGGACGCGGACGUGGAGGAAAGACUGGUACACUUACUGCCGAGCAAUUGGCGAUGCUUGGCUGUGUGAAAGACCUCCCCGUACAGUCAGCGCCGCAGCCGACGUUUCCGCCGGUAAUGAACAAGCCCAUUGCCCUGGAGACAACAGAGGCAGAAUCCUUUCAACUAAUGUGGAAGGAGAAGUUUCUGAAUCGCAUGCGGAAUUCGCCGUACUACGUUGUCUCAGAGAGCGAGAAGAAACAGAAUUUAGAGCAAAAAGACUGGCGAGAGAAAAUUCUGGGGCAAAAAAAGCCAAAAAAGCAACCCGAGUUCAACUACAGAGCCAUGCCCAGGGAGCUGAAUAUGUCGAAUCGCAAGCGACGGGGCGCGGAUGCCCGACCCAAGCUGCUGACUAAGAAGACUGACAUUGAGGAUAGACUGAAAGUGCUGGAACAGAAGGAGCUGAAGACCGGCGCCGAGAAUGAGCAGGACGAUGCCAAGAAGGAAUCCGAUUCCGAGCAGGACGACGAAAUGGACGACCCUGAGGCGGCACUAGACGAUGAAAUGGACGACGAGAACGACUAUGGCAACAGCUAUUUUGACAAUGGCGAAGCCUACAACGAAGAGGAUGACAACCUGGAUGAUGGCCCCGUCAUAUAAUUAAAUUGUGUUGGAUCUCUGAUUUACUAUGUCGCCACUUCAAUCUUAUUUUAAACACAUUUCAAAUACAAUAUAUAUUUAGAGGGA